GGAGAAAACAGCAUCCCGUAGCAGAAGUGCGUCGUCGCGUCGGAGACGAGUGGGAACAACAAGAACGAGCACCACGAACUUAUGGGUUUUGUUAUGACUAUGGGUUUGUCAAUAAUGGUGCGAAAUGAGGCAACAGAUUUUAAUGGUUUGCCACAAUAUCGGUCCUACAAUUCAUUGGCUCGUCACUCAAUCAGAAAGUUCUCUUGGGUUGUGAGGACAGAGUCGAAUGUUCGGAGGAAAGUAAAAAAGAAGCCGGAUCCACCUUGUGUGGUAUGUGAGGGGGGUGGAAGAGUGGAUUGCAAUUGUUGUCGAGGAAGAGGAAGGACAAACAUGUUACAUUUGGAAAUGCUUCCAAAGGGCGAAUGGCCUAACUGGUGUAAAGCUUGUGGCGGAAGUGGUCUUACGUACUGCUCCCGCUGCCUUGGAACCGGAGAAUAUAGGGACAUCAUAGGGUUCGAUUUCAUGAAGAAGGGCAAUAAUAAAUAGCAAUAACACAAGUCUUAGUUUUUUUCUUUCUUGGGUGAUGAUAUUAGGUUUGAGGUCAUAGAGAUGAAUGUCAUGGUACAGCAGCUUGACUUGUAAUUGCUGAAUAAUUGAUCUCAGUCACAUUAUGGAAAAACUUCCUUUAA